UUCCAGCAAAAUCAGCUACAGUGUAUUAACUUGGACAUGAAACAACAGUACUUCAACAUUAAUUGAACAAAGGGAAUUUAAUGGACAUAGGUGAAAAAUAGCUCAGCUGACAAAAGUGAAGAUACAUUAGGUAAUUGCUGGAAUGUUCAUCAUUACAACAGAGAAAUCAUAGAAUUAGACCUUGAUCUACAGUAGUAAACUCUUAUAAUUAAACAGUUUGAUGAUACACAAUUGCAAACUUUACACUGUGUCAAAGAACAAUGUUUUUCUGUAACAUAUCAUACAUGCUACUGGUUGCAAGUUUCAUUGCUGAUGUUGCAGAAUCUCGAGCUCAAGUUCGUCAACAAAAUGAUGGCUUGGUCAAUGACCAAGGGCUCCACAAUCCAGAGGGAACAUUUGGCUUUUUCGAAAAUCAAAAUUUAAAUGAGCCUUCAAUCCAAAAGACUAAUAAGAGGAGCAUACCAGAGACAGAUGAGAGAACAAGUGAAGCUACGACUACACCAUUUGACUAUUAUACUAUUCCUGCACCUAAAUACCUAUGUGCAAUGGAUUUGAAUGAGACUGUAGGUCCAUCAUGUGCUAAUAGUUCAGUUAGUUCUAUGUCCUAUGCAUAUACAUGUGAAUCACGCUGCAAUGAUCCUAAGAUGACAGCAGGAGCUAAUAUGGGACCUUAUUGCUCCUGUCAUCCGUUAUGUUUGGUGUCCCAUGACUGUUGUCAAGAUUUUCAACAGUUUUGUCCAGAACAUUACAAGAUUGGUGAGAGAAAGAGAGAUUUAUUUGCCAGAACCCCAAACUCUUCAGCUUAUGUUGAGUGUAUGCAUCCCUUUGUUAAAUCGGAAAGAGAUCAUACAUAUUGGAUGGUUGGACGCUGCCCAAAAGACAAUGUCAAUCAAACACUGCGUGAAAAAUGUGAAGGUGAGGUUACAGAAUUCAUACAAAUAGUACCAGUUAUCUCAAAGAUAACUGAUGUCACAUAUAAAAAUUACUUCUGUGCCCAAUGUAAUAACAUUCUUGAAGAUGUUAUACCAUGGGAUCUCAAUGUCACAUGUGAAGAGGUAUGGGAAGGCUCCUUAGAAUCACCACAAGAGUUGUUAGAUUCAGUGAAAAAAGGAGCAUGUCAUCCAAAAUAGGACCCUCCAGUUGAACACAUAUGUGUGAAUAGACACCUCUCACAACCUAACUGCAUGGCUCAGCCCAAUGGAUGCCUGCCAAAAUAUACAGACUUGUGUUCUUAUGGGUUUCAGAUGCCUGUCACCAUUUCACUGGUUUCAUUUAUUCAAAUUAUUGACAAUAAUUUCAUUUAUGGUAAUGUGAGAGUCGGUUAAGGUUUAGGUAUGAACAAGCCCUAAGAAGACCAUUCCCCGGUUAUCCCAGGUAAAUGUUUCUGGUAA